AUCGCGCAUGGUAUCAGCAGCAUCAUUCCGUCCUUCAUCUACUCCGAGUGGUUCGAGCCCAAUGGUGUGAAAAGGCUCAAUCUACUUGAAGACCUGUCAGGUUGCAAUGCAGUCAACGGCGAGCUGUUUCCGCAUGCCGGAGGGCUCAUAAACCCCGAUUGGGAUAAUAAUUGGUAUCUCCGCGCGUCUAGCAAUGUCAGCGAUCCAAGCCGCAAGCUGACCUCUAGUCCAAUGCUUGUAGUGCAAGGAACCGGUGAUCGGGCUGUUCCUGCCGACGCCGUUUCGAAAGCUGUCAGCGAGACAUGUGUCUUGUUCCCGAAGAGCCAGAUACGAUAUGCAUUGCUUGAAGGCGCAGCGCAUGUUCCUGUUCUGAACACUGUGCAGCUAAUCUGGCUGCAAUGGAUUGAGGAUCGCUUUAUGGGU